CCCAGGGAUCUAGAGCCAGGAGAUGGGGUCAGGCAACCUGGGGUGCGGCGGGACUUAUCAAAUGCCCUGGACCCUCGGCCUCCAGCUGCGGCGCCGCUUCGGGGACGUGUUCAGCCUGCAGCUGGCCUGGACGCCCGUGGUCGUGCUCCACGGGCUGGCGGCCAUGCGCGAGGCGCUGGUGGACCACGGCGAGGACACCGCGGAUCGCCCACCCAUGCCCGUGUUCGAGCACCUGGGCUUCGGACCACACGCGCAAGGCAAGCGGAGGAGGGGAGGACCGCGGCCCGGCGGGGACUUGGCUGGCAGUGACCUGUGACCCGGCAGGGCCAAGCGGAGGCAGGGUGGUGGACCUGCGGAGCAGGGAA